AUGGCGCCCGGAUCGAGCGACAAGCACCAGCCGCCCAUGGGCCGUGGCUUCUCCGGCUCUCACCUCUACCCGAACAAGAACAUCUGGACCUCGUCUCUCUCCAGCGCGCGCGAGAGAUCCAUCAACUCCCAAGGUGCGUUCGUGCCCGUCGCAUCGUCGGGUCGUGACGCCGCCCAGCCGCCCGUCGGCCUCGCUCGCCGUGCUCACACCAUGUCUGCAGACAGCGACGAGAACCACGCCGGCUCGAGUGCGCUGAAUGCAAACUCUGAAGCCCACGUCUGGGCCUCGUCCUCGAGCCCUUGGAACUCCGAGAAUGCGCACCGCUCUUCCAGCACCUCGCCCAGCCGGACCCGCGACGGCUCCCUCGCCAGCGGCUCCGCAUACUUCGACCAGCAGCAGCCCGCCGCCAUCGGCCACAAGGCUGGCGGUGCCUUCGCCGCCAAGACGUUCCACGACGAGUCGGCCGGCUAUGCCUCGGCCUUCACGUCGCAGCAGCGAAGCACCCACGACACGGCCGCCUACAUGGAGUCCAUGGCGGCGUACGCCCAGCAGAGGGAACCGAGCCUCCCCCCGUCGCGCCAGUCGCAAGGCUCCCCGGCCUUCCCGGAGCUCUAUCGUGGCGUCCCAACCCCGAGCGGCGCUCUGCCCUCCCAGCGCCACGUGGCCGGCCACCAGCCUGCGUCCUACUCGACCCAGUCGGCGAACCAGCGAGCCUUCAAUCUAAACAAGCAAAUCGACGACGACCUCUUUGCCCAGGUUCGCAGGAUGACCCUCGAUGGCUCGGCGAGCUCGGCCGGUUCGUACUCGCCGGCCCAGCAGCAGUCUUUCCAGUUCAACCCUGGUUCGCAGCCAUGGGUCGGCGAAGGCGGCGGCGGCCCGCCGCGGUAUGACCCCGUUGCCGCGCAGUAUGCCGCCAUGAGACGACCCUCCGACCAGCUCUCUCAGGGACCCAACUACCGCCUCGAUUCCAACAGCAGCCCUCGAUCGUACCAGCCGAGCCCGGACGCCUGGGCCGCCCGGCCGGCUUCGCGUCAGCACAGGCCCUCCGAGUUCGACCGCCGUCCUACGGCCGUGCAGUACGCCUCCCACUUUCAUCCACCCUACUUCCCGAGCCAGUAUUCCUACCCCAACAUGCCCGUCCAGUACGCUCCCGAUUAUCUCGACCCUUACGGCCAAAGCUUUCGCAAUCACCCCAUGAUGGCGAGCUACGGCAUCCACACCAUCAAUGCCGGAUAUUCCAUGUCGGCGAACUUGCCCCAUAUGAAAUCGGCUCGGGAGCAGGACAUCGGCAGAGUCUUGCGAAGCCAGCUUCUCAACGACUAUCGCCUCAACAACAAGGCCAACAAGCAUUGGGAGCUCAAGGAAAUUUACAACCACAUCGUCGAGUUCAGCGGCGACCAGCACGGGUCCCGCUUCAUUCAGCAGAGGUUGGAGACGGCCAACAGCGACGAGAAGGAGCAGGUCUUCCGCGAGAUCGAGCCGAAUGCCGUCCAGCUCAUGAAGGACGUGUUCGGAAACUACGUCGUGCAGAAGGUCUUUGACCACGGCAACCAAGUCCAAAAGAAGGCGCUGGCGGAGAAGAUGAAGGGCAAGGUCGUCGACCUGUCCUUGCAAGUCUACGGCUGCCGCGUCGUCCAGAAGGCGCUCGAGCACGUCCUCGUCGACCAGCAGGCCGAGCUGGCCCGUGAGCUGGAGCCCGAAAUCCUGCGAGUCAUGAGGGAUCAGAACGGCAAUCACGUUGUGCAGAAGAUCAUCGAGCUCCUGCCGCGACGGUACAUUGACUUCAUCGUCAGGUCCACCCGCGGGCAGGUGCCCGCCCUCGCCUCGCACACGUACGGCUGCCGCGUCAUCCAGCGACUGCUGGAGUACGGGACCGAGGCCGACAAGGCUGAGUUGAUGGCGGAGCUGCACGCGUCGGCCGGCAUCCUCAUCAUCGACCAGUACGGAAAUUACGUGGCCCAGCACGUCAUCGCGCACGGCACCCGGGAGCACAGGGAGCGCAUGAUCGAGCUAGUCAUGACGCAGGUGCUCACCCUGUCGAAGCACAAGUACGCCUCCAACGUGGUGGAGAACUGCAUCGAGUUUGGCUCGGCCGAGCAUCGAACCAGGAUUCGCGAGUUGCUCACGACGCCCGCCAGCGACGGAACCAGCCCCCUCCAGCAGAUGAUGCGGGACCAGUACGGCAAUUACGUGAUCCAGAAACUGCUGGACCAGCUCCACGGCGCCGAGCGGGAAGCCUUUGUCGAGGAUAUCAAGCCCCAGUUCUUCAGCCUCAAGAAGAAUGGCGCGACGAAGCAGCUGCAAGCUCUGGAGAAGCUCCUCGAACUGGGACCCGCCGGUGAAUAUGCUCACGGCGAAGCCAACUCGCCGGUGAACACACCUCCCCUGACCGACGCGACGAAUAGUUCUCAGGGCAGCAGCCCUCCCAGCAGGCAAUCGGUUGCCGUUGCCAUGCCCAACAGGGGUGCCGUCAAGAGAGGCGCCUUCGUCGCCCCCAGGGUCCGGCCAGAGGAGGCAUGA